AGGAACAGGAAGUGUCAUCGCUCCACCCACAAAGCUCAAUCACUUCAAGCUGAGCUCCUGUUGAAUUGUCUACGCCACCUUAGCAUAGCUAAUGUGACCUGAAAGGACUGGGAGAUGCCACAUCAGGAAGAUGUCGUGUAUUCAGAUGUCAGGGUGGCAAAACCUAAAGGAGAAAAGAAGAAGAGGAAGAAGGCUCCUGACACUCCAGCAGAAGAUGAAGUCACCUACUCUGAUCUGAGAUUUUUAAAGGGUGAUGGGCAGACACAGAGGAGCCAGAAGAGCAAGACGACUCCAGAUCCAGAACUCACUUAUGCUCAAGUGGAAUGGGGUCAGGCAAGAAGGAAGCAGAGGAGUCAAAAGGAAAGUCCAGCAGCAACAGAUCAGCAAAGCAACAAGGGCUCUGGACGAACAGCUUUUUCUCUGCGCUUCAGGCUCCUUAUAGUCCUAUUAGUUGUAACGCUUGGCUUAGCAGCAUCUGUGAUUUAUUUGGUUCUACGCGACAACAAGAGUGAUGGUGGUGGAGAUCAGGAAAUCCCAUUGAACCUUCAAGGUAACAAGUCUCUUACAAAACAUGAAGAUACGACUCAGGCUGCCUCACACAACACAAAAGGCUCUCCAAAUGAGAACAGCUUCACAACUUUGGGAAACAACUCUUACUAUUUCUCUACUGAGAAGAAAGACUGGAAGAACAGCAGAGACUUCUGUGCACAGCAUCAGACAACCCUCGUAGUGUUUUUGGAUAAAGAAGAGCAGAACAAAGUUACACAACACAUCAAGAGUCUGGCAGUGCAGGGUGACUACUGGAUUGGACUGAAGAAAAAUGACUCAGGCUGGCACUGGGUGGAUGGGACCCUGUUGGCCUCACAGAGAUUCCCUUUGGACAACAGUAACUCAGCUGAAUGCUGUGCCACGUUAACAGGUGUCGGUCUCAAACCUUCCGUGUGUGCCAUGACAAACAAAUGGAUCUGUGAGAAGAGCACAGACAACAAGAGUGAUGGUGGUGGAAAUCAAGAAAUCCCAUUGAACCUUCAAGGUAACAAGUCUCUUACACAACAUGAAGAUACGACUCAGGCUGCCUCACACAACACAAAAGGCUUUCCAAAUGAGAACAGCUUCAUGACUCUGGGAAACAACUCUUACUAUUUCUCUACUGAGAAGAAAGUGUGGAAGAACAGCAGAGACUUCUGUGCACAGCAUCAGACAACCCUCGCAGUGUUUUUGGAUAAAGAAGAGCAGAACAAAGUUACACAACACAUCAAGAGUCUGGCAGUGCAGGGUGCCUACUGGAUUGGACUGAAGAAAAAUGAGUCAGGCUGGCACUGGGUGGAUGGGACCCUGUUGGACUCACAGAGAUUCCCUUUGGACAACAGUAACUCAGCUGAAUGCUGUGCCAUGUUAACAGGUGACGGUCUCAAACCUUCCGUGUGUGCCAUGACAAUCAAAUGGAUCUGUGAGAAGAGCACAGGUGGGAGUGGCAAAGGACGAGGGUAGAUGUGCUGUAGAGCUCCCCCACUGUCACAUUGUCCCCCUCAGUGGUCACAUUUACACUUUGCUUGAAUACUUGUCUGAUGUGACCACCAAGAUAAGUUGCAUUUACACUUUGGUUCACCAAACCUGAAAGACCCCAAAUGAAUUAACAAGCCUGACAAUGUUUAGGGGGUCUAAAUAACUUGACAAGAUCAUUUGAGGUUAGCUUUUUAGACACAUUUAUGUGAAAUGCUUGUUUGUCAAUUUAAUGGAGGAUUCUUCAUGGAGUUUGCUAGAACCAGUCCAUCGCUAAAGUGUCUGUGUGAUUGGCUUUUUUGAAGACUUUUCUUUUUUGAACAUUUA